UCAAUAUCAUCAACUAGCUAACAAUGGUUAAAAUUUACAUUGCUUUGCUCUUAAUUACAUUCCUCCUAUCUUACAUUUUUUCUAUAACCAUGGCCCAAUCGAAAGAUCCAAUCGAUCCAUUCAUGAAGAUUCCGCUUCGCCCCUCCGAGCCUCGCCGUGCUGAGAAAUCGGCGGUUAUCCGAGUCUAUGUCCACGAUGUAGUGGGAGGCCCGAAUGCGACCGUAUGGAAAGUUGCGACCGCAAAUAUCACAGGGAAUUCCUCGAGUUUAGUCGGUCAAAUUAGCGUUGUAGAUGACAAGUUGACUUCUAGGCCCGAAAGGAACUCGACUGAAGUGGGGCGGGUUCAGGGGCUUACGACAUUGUUGGGGUUGGAAAAGUUAGCGUUCAUGAUGAACUUGAAUUUUUGGUUUACGGCCGGGGAGUACAACGGGAGCACGCUUUGCGUAGUUGGGAGGAAUCCGAUUGGUCAAACGGAUAGGGAGCUAUCCGUUGUUGGAGGGACCAAAUUGUUCCGGAUGGCUCGAGGAUAUUCUGUCUCGAAUACGUACUCGUAUGAUCCUGUUGAGAAUUAUGGGGUUUUGGAGUACACGCUUUAUGUAUAUUAUUAAGAACAUAUAUAGAUAUUUGUGUUCAAAUGAAUCAUAUCUAUCAUUUAAUUUGUUGUGAUUAAUAAAAGGAUUAAUAUUGUUGU